AUGCCGCGUGUCCGCACCCUCUUUCUGCUCCUCACCGUCUCCGCCGCGCUCCUGACCACGUAUGGCCUCGUGCACUUCCUCGCCGCGUUUCGCACGUGGCCAACAGAGGUGCGCGUGCCGCUCCGACGCGCCCUCAAGGCGCAGAAUGCCGCAGAGUGGCGCAGGGCUGAGGAGGCGUUCAGAAGUGCUCUCUCCGUCGCCUCCUCGCUUCCAUCCUCGACGCUCGGCGUCGAUGCGCCUCUCAAGUUGUCCGGCAUUUCCAUUGCCCUCGGCUCUCUUCUCGAGGCGCAACUGCGUCCAUUGGAUGCCUACGUCGUCUAUGCCUCUGCGCUCGAGACACUGCAGCAAGGCAUCUCUGCCUCGCCCGUCUCGCCGCCGCCACAGUGGCGCAUGCGCGCCGUGGCGCUCUCGCAGCGCCUCGGCGAUCUGGCACAGCUGGCAGAGGCAGAGAUGCGGCAGAAGCUCAUCUCGUGUGGAGUGUCGAGGAACUGCUGCGCCUAG